AUGGAUCUAAUGAUGAUGAAAAAGAAGAAAUUCAAGUUUAAGGUGGAUUUUGAGCUGGACGAGCUCUCGUCGGUCCCUUUCGUCAACGGUGUGCUCUUUUGUAAAGUCCGACUGCUGGACGGCGGCUUCUCCGAGGAGUGCUCCCGGGAGCCGGUGCAGGCCAACUGUGUUCGCUGGAGGAAGCGGUUCUCUUUCCCCUGCAAGAUGAGCGCCAAUGCAGGGACGGGUGUCCUCGACCCGUGUGUGUGUCGUGUAUCUGUCAGAAAGGAACUGAAGGGUGGGAAGGCAUAUGCAAAGCUCGGUUUUGCAGAUCUGAAUUUAGCAGAGUUUGCCGGCUCAGGGAACACAACCCGCAGAUGUCUGCUGGAAGGCUACGAUACUAAAAAUACACGCCAGGAUAACUCCAUUCUCAAGGUUGUCAUCAGUACACAGCUCAUGUCGGGAGAUCCAUGUUUUAAAACGCCUCCGUCCACAGCCACAGUGAUAGGAAUUCAGGGAGACGGAGAGAGCCUGCUGGAGGAGAGGAGGGGAGGAGACUCACAGAAAGGCUCUUCUGCAGAGAGCCGUGAAGGGAAGUGUCCGGUUACUUCUGAAGAGCUUGGUGGCUGCGGACACUCUCGAACAUCCAGCUAUGCCAGCCAACAGUCCAAACUUUCAGGCUACAGCACGGGCCACUCCCGCUCGUCCAGCAUGUCAGAGUUCAGCCACCGGAGAAACCAUUCCGUAGGCAGUGCCUCAACAGGCAUCGGCAGCAUCCCAGAACCCAGCGAAGACCGGGACAGAGAGUCCAGACCGUGUCCUGCGCUGCCUGAACACCCAGUCCCCACCAACACCACCACAGCAACCACUAGCAACUCACAAGGCACACCAGUAAGGAGUGCCUCAUCCUGUGAACGUCUCAACAGACACCCAGUGAAACAAGACUCCAUGGAGUCUCAGCUAAAGAGAAUGGACGACACGCGGGUGGAUGCAGACGACGUUGUGGAAAAGAUUCUCCAGAGUCAAGACUUCACACCCAGCCUCCUGGACUCCAGUGCUGAAGAGGAGGGUCUGCGGCUGUUUGUCGGUCCUGGUGGAAGUACGGCCCUUGGAAGUCAUCACCUCCCCACCAGGGUUGGUGCCGGAGCGUAUGAACAGGUGGUGAUAAAGCGUUAAGACCUGUGCGGCUUACACCCAAAAAAAAAGAA